GAAGUCUGCAGCUAGGAAACACGAUCUCAUUCAUCAUGUCCUAAGAGGUGUUUACAUAAAAUGUAUGAAAAUGAACAAGCGUCACUCCAAGAGAAAUUCUUUCUGAUUGAUCGAGUCAAGAACCGUAUCGAAACAAAGAGUCUGAUCGUUGCUGUAAGAAUUCACCGAGUGAUAGGAAUCGAUUCGAUCUAUUUUGCGGCCGAAUACUUCCUGAUUGGAAAAAAAAUCGACGAAUUUCGUUAUCUACAGUUUCUCCAAUUUUUCGAAUGAUUUUUUUUCUCCCGGUAGUUAUCGGUCUCGCUAACCUGUUGAAAUAUUAUAUAAACUUUGAAUUAUAACAAUGAGAGCACAAUUCGGCAUUAAGUUCUGCAGAAGACGGACGGUUUGUGGCGAUUUGUAUCAUUGUUCGAAGGACCAGUGAAGUGAUAGAUUUGUGCUAAUUUUUUUUGUGGAUUACAACUAUAGAUUCGAGGAUUUCGCGAUGAAGUGCUUGAUGGUUAUUGUUUUCCUGUGCUUUCACCAAAUCACAACCCAAGACUAUGAUUUUGACAUCAACUCAUCCUACGAUGGUUCAUAUGGAUCAUUGACAGAUGGCAACCAGAACGCAGGAUCCCAAGGGUCAAGGAAACAAGGAUUCAGUGCUGGCAGUGGUUUAAGAAGUAUAGCAGAGGGAUCUUUCAAUUCUGCAUCAGAUGCACUGAAUAAUCAAGAUGCUGCAGGGCACCAAGCAGCUUUCGUGGCGAAGAAUACUCUAGCUCAGGCAGCUGCUGGAGCUUCAGCAACUGCUCAAGCAGCUUUAGCCGGCAAGCAGAUCCUCCUCCAAGGGUUAGAACAGCAACUUCGAGACUCGCAACAAGCUUUGAUGGGAGAACAGCAGCAGCUCAUGCAAGCUCAAAGAUCUGCAGAUACCACAAUGCAGGCAGCUCAAGAAGCAAGAGCUCAUGUCAACGUCCUCCAAAACACACUCAACGCAGCUCAGGCCGCAUCAGAGCACAUGACACAAGCAGCUUCUGAAGCAGCUGGUGAACUAGCUGCUCAACAAGCUAUGGUGGGUUCAGCAAUAGAUAGAGUAGCAGCACUGAAGAAGCAGCUCGAUGCUGUAAGGAUAGAUUUUGAGGCUACUAGGGCAGCUGCGCAAAAGGCUCAAUUUGCAGCGCAGAGCGCAGCUGCUAACGCUGCAGCGGCUGCUGCAGCCGCAGCUGCAGGGCUCUCCAAGAGUGCUCAAGGAGCAAAACCGAGCAUACCUGCACCACAACCGCCACCACCUACAGCCCAUGGAGGGAGUAAUGGCAACGCCAACGGUUCCGGCAAUAAAUCAGGUGGUGGUUCAGCUUCAAGUGGAGGAAAGAAGGGUGGUGGCGAGACCGUCGCAAAAUUUUUUCUCACAGGUGAAGGAAACCUUGCAAUCGCUGAUGAACACUAUCCAAGCGGCUUUUACUACAGCCAAAGAUGAAGUGACUUCUGGUUGAUGGUACCUCUUUUUUCUGCUAAGCAAUGCCAUAUUAUUUUCACUGGUUAUCGUCGCAAGUUAUCUGUUUUGUUACUUUUUUAACUGUAGUUCAGACAGCAAUAUACGUUUUUUUUUCUUUGAGUGUCUUUAUAUCCCA